AUGGGUCAGGAGAUCCGGCCGGGAUGCGGCCACGUGCCGGCUGUCGCGGCGGAGGAGCUGGUUGGAGGGGAAGGCGUUGUCCACGUUGUCGGUUCCUCCUGCGGGGGCCGGCUGUUCUCCAUCCAGAGCUGUCCGUAUCACUGUUUGCCGCCUCAGGCGGGGACUGCUGGGAGACUAGGCAACACAUCCUCGGGGACGUCAUUUCUUGAUGACGUCGAGUUGAUCNNNNUCAGGGGCACUCAUUCCCCUCGAGUGACUCCAAUGAGCGCAGCAGCUCUUCCAUCACUGCUGGUUCACGGCACCUAUUUCAAUCAUUGGAAUGCUAUCGUUACUAGUGGAGGCCUGAGGCCGAUGGGCCGGCAACAUAUCCACCUGGUGGACGCCACUGCAACACUGACGGGGGUCGUGAGUGGACUGAGGAAAUCGGCCGAAAUCUAUAUAUACAUUGACGCCAAAAAAGCCGCUGAGGACCACAUAGUUUUCUUACGGAGUGCCAACAACGUUUACCUCACUGCGGGAAAGGUGGACGGCGUGUUGGGGACGCAGUACUUCAGCAAGGUUGUCGAUGUUAAGAAGAGUGCUACCGUUGGCUCUGAGCAACUCCUCGAAUUCAAGCCUCUGUAG